AAUGAUCGGCGAACAUACUGUAAAAAGUCAGCGGCCCAGAUCAGUCUUUGACACAAAGGCCCUGCAGGAGCAAGCUGAAUCUGCUAAAUUUAUGGCACAAACUGGUGAAUCUGGUGCAGAGGAGUGGUCCCAGUGGAGCUCAUGCUCAGUUUCAUGCGGCCAAGGGUCGCAGGUGCGAACAAGAACAUGUGGUUCACCAUACGGAACACACUGCAGCGGCCCUUUAAGAGAGUCAAGGGUUUGCAAUAACACUGUCCCCUGUCCAGUGCAUGGCGUCUGGGAGGAGUGGUCACCAUGGAGCCUGUGUUCGUUUACGUGUGGGCGUGGCCACCGGACUAGGAACAGGAUGUGUGCCCCGCCCCAACAUGGAGGGAGAGCCUGUGACGGGCCUGAGACCCAGAGCAAACUCUGCAACAUCGCCCUCUGUCCAGUGGACGGCCAGUGGCAGGAGUGGAGCCUGUGGAGUGACUGUUCAGUGACCUGUGCCAACGGGACCCAGCAGAGGACCAGACAAUGCUCAGCCGCCGCCCACGGUGGGUCAGAGUGUCGUGGCCACUGGGCAGAGAGCAGAGAGUGUUACAAUCCAGACUGCACAGCCAAUGGCCAGUGGAAUCCCUGGGGGCCUUGGAGUGGCUGCUCCAAAUCAUGUGACGGGGGUUGGCAGAGGCGGGCGCGGGUGUGCCAGGGGGCAGCGGUCACCGGGCAACAGUGCGAGGGCACAGGGGAUGAAGUCCGCAAGUGCAGUGACCAGCGUUGCCCAGCGCCCUAUGAGAUCUGUCUGGAGGACUACACUGUAGCCAUGGUGUGGAGAAGAACACCUUCAGGAGAACUGGCCUUCAACAGGUGUCCUCCCAAUGCCACGGGCACCACUAGUCGACGCUGCUCUCUGGAUCACCGGGGUGUGGCCUAUUGGGAACCACCCAGCUAUGCCCGCUGCAUAACCAAUGAAUAUAGAUACCUGCAGCAAUCAAUCCAGGGCCAUCUAGCUAAGGGCCAGGGGAAGUUGGCGGGGGACGGGAUGUCUCAGGUGACCAAGACCCUGCUGGAUCUCACCCAGAGAAGGAACUUCUACGCUGGAGACCUGCUGUCCUCUGUGGAGAUACUCAGAAACGUGACUGAUACCUUCAAGAGGGCCAGUUACGAACCUAGCUCAGACGACGUGCAGAACUUCUUUCAAAUCAUCAGCAAUCUCCUAGAGGAAGACAACAGGGAAAAGUGGGAAGACGCACAACAGAUCUAUCCAGGUGCAGUGGAGCUGAUGCAGGUCAUCGAGGAAUUCAUCCACAUCGUUGGCCUGGGCAUGAAGGACUUCCACAACGCCUAUCUGAUGACUGGGAACUUGGUGGCCAGCAUCCAGAGGCUCCCGGCACUGUCUGUGAUGACUGACAUCAACUUCCCUAUGAAGGGCCGUAAAGGCAUGGUGGACUGGGCCAGGAACUCUGAGGACAAGGUGGUUAUCCCCAAGGGCAUCUUUCUACCACAGUCUGCAGACAUGGAUGGAUCACCUGUUUUCAUCCUGGGGACAGUCCUGUACAAGACUCUGGGACUGAUGCUGCCUUCACCAAGGAACCACACGGCAGUGAGCUCCAAAGUCAUUGCUGUCACAGUGAGACCAGAGCCCAGGAUAACAGAGUCACACCUGGAGAUCGAGCUGGCUCACCUGGCCAACGGAACCCUGAGUCCUUACUGUGCACUGUGGGAUAACAGCGUCAUGAACGAUUCUUGGGGAACCUGGUCGAGUAAAGGAUGUAAAACCGUACUAACCGAUGCAUCCCAUACAAAAUGCUUAUGUGAUCGUGUAUCUACCUUCGCCAUUUUGGCACAGCAACCAAGAGAAAUAACCAUGGAGUACUCAGCGGUCCCCUCUGUGACUUUGAUCAUUGGUUGUGGUCUGUCCUGUCUCGCCUUGAUCCUGUUGCUAGUGGUCUAUGCUAUUCUAUGGAGUACUUCCCGUUAUUCCAGAUAUAUCCGGUCUGAGCGGUCCAUCAUCCUAAUCAACUUCUGCCUGUCAAUCAUCUCCUCCAACCUCCUCAUCCUGGUUGGACAGACACAGACACACAAUGCGGGUGUCUGUACCAUGACAACAGCCUUCCUUCACUUCUUCUUCCUGGCGUCGUUCUGCUGGGUCCUGACGGAGGCUUGGCAGUCCUACAUGGCCGUUACUGGGAAGGUCCGCACCAGGCUCAUCAGGAAGAGGUUCCUCUGUCUGGGAUGGGGAUUACCUGCCUUGGUGGUUGCCGUCUCAAUGGGAUUCACCAAAGCAAAAGGCUAUGGGACACCCCAAUAUUGCUGGCUAUCUCUAGAAGGUGGUCUCCUGUAUGCCUUUGUUGGACCGGCAGCAGCAGUGGUUCUGGUCAACAUGGUGAUUGGUAUCCUGGUGUUCAACAAGCUGGUCUCCAGAGACGGGAUUCUGGAGAAGAAGCCGAAGCAUCGAGCUGGACCGAUGAACGAGCCCCAUACAGGGUUAACUCUGAAAUGUGCCAAAUGUGGUGUGGUGUCCACCACUGCUCUCUCUGCAACUACAGCCAGUAAUGCCAUGGCCUCUCUGUGGAGUUCCUGUGUGGUUCUGCCUCUGCUGGCUCUGACCUGGAUGUCUGCGGUGCUGGCCAUGACAGACAAGCGCUCCAUCCUAUUUCAGAUCCUCUUCUCUGUCUUCGACUCGUUGCAGGGCUUUGUCAUCGUCAUGGUGCACUGUAUCCUGAGGAAAGAGGUCCAAGAUGCUUUCAGAUGUCGUCUCAGAAACUGUCAGGACCCCAGAAACUGUCAGGACCCCCUCAACGCUGACAACACUGGAACUUUCCCCAACGGUCAUGCUCAGAUUAUGUAUGUUUCCAGCAACUGUGGUGGAUGCCUAACCAGGCCAGUGCAGUACGGCUCGGCAGGGAUCGCCUUGGCUCAGCUCAGUGUGAAAAGGACGGACUUUGAGAAAGACGUUGACAUCGCCUGUCGAUCAGCUCUCCACAAAGACAUGGGCUCUUGCCGCGCAGCGACCAUCACCGGCACCCUAUCCCGCAUCUCUCUGAAUGACGAGGAGGAUGAGAAGGGUCCCGAGGGGCUCAACUACUCCACCUUACCCGGCAACAUCAUCUCCAAGGUGAUGAUCCAGCAGCCCGGCAUGCACAUGGGCCCCAUGGGAGACAUGGGUGAGGGCUGCCUGGGCGACAGCGUGUCCGACAUGCGCCGCACCGUCUACCUGUGCACCGAUGAUGCUCUCCGUCAGUCCGACCAGGAUAUGGGCGGGCACGGGCAUGGCGGGAUGGGCAGUGGCCACGACAUGGGCAGCAUGGGCGGUAUGGGUGGUAUGGGCGGACAUUCACCUCAAAGCCAGAUGAUGGAGACAGACUACAUCGUGAUGCCACGAGCUUCGGCGGCGGCAGCAGGAUCUGGGAACUGUAACACACUUCCCACUCUACUGAAGGACGAUAGCUCCACCAAGAUGAACAUGGGCCUGGGCAUGGGAGAUACGCUGCCCCAUGAUAGGAUGAUGCAACACUACAAGAUGGCACCAGACUUCAUGAGCCCGACGGGGAUGGGCGGGAUUGGGGUCAUGGAGCACAUGAACAUGGGGGUGAACAUGGAUCAGAACCUACAGCAGCAGUAUGGGUCAGGAGGAGGACAGGAACACAUGCAGCAGAACCUGCCCUUUGAACCCCGAACCGCUGUCAAGAACUUCCUGGCUGAGAUGGAAGAGACUGGAGGGCUGUCGAGGAGCGAGACGGGAUCCACCAUAUCCAUGAGCUCCUUAGAGAGAAGAAAAUCGCGUUACCAAGAUCUGGACUUUGAAAAAGUCAUGCACACCAGGAAAAGACACAUGGAGCUGUUCCAAGAACUGAAUCAGAAAUUUCAAACCCUGGAUCGAUUUCAAGACAUACCAAAUAUGGGCAGCAUGGACAAGGCCAUGGCCAACAAGAACCCCUGGGAGAGCUACAACCCAGCCUGUGAGUACCAGAACUACGCCAGUAUGAAUGCACUAGACCCUGACCCCAAGGACUCUCUGGAGAUGACUGCAGCAGAGUGGGAGAAGUGUGUCAAUCUCCCCUUAGACGUACAGGAAGGAGACUUCCAGACAGAGGUCUGAUCUGAUCUAAACAAACCAGGAAAUGAGUCCAAAAUGGCACCCUUUUCCCAAUGAAGUGCACUACUUAUGACCAGGUCCUAUAGGCCUUAUUUUCACCAGUACCCAAAGGGCUCUUUUGAACAGGACUCAUAGGGCUCUGGUCAAAAGUAGUGCACUAUAUAGGAAUAGGGUGACAUUUUGGAUGCACUCCAGGAAGGAGACUUCCAGGAAGUAAAAACCAGGAAGAGGAAAACCAGGAGAAAAAUGAUAACCAGGACAUGGAGGAAAGGGGAAAGGAUGUAUUUUGCACUGAAAAAAUGGACAGACUGUCCUAACAGCCUUGGCCUAGUACAUAUCUGGAUUCUAAAGGAGGAUGACAAGGACAUGAUGUGCCAAUACCAUUUAAGAGGAAAACACAGAGGACAGGAGGAAAAAAUACAACAAAAAAUACAACAAAAAUCAUCAGUGUUACUUUUUGUAUUCUCACUAGUGUACUUAGUGCAGCGGGCCAGCCAGGUGGGUGUACAAUAUUUACCAUCAUGUGUUUCACAGUACCCAUGGUAAGAAGAAUUGGUUUCAAAAAGGUGAACAUCUUUCUAGAUGAAUACACCUCAAAAGCUAAAUGAAGACAUAAUACAAUGUCAAUCCCAGCUUCGUUGGGUCCAGUUUUAUAUUUCACAAAACUGGACCCUGGAAGCACAAUGUAUAUAUUUAUGCAGGUUUUUAAAAGUUUAUAACAAGUCUGUUUGGCCAUUACUAUACUUUUUACUUUAUAAUAUAAAAUAUAUAUGAGCGAGAGUGGCAGGCAAAGAGGAUUUUCUGUCAUAUAAAAAUGAAUGUUUGUCAAAGCUACAUUCUUCAUUGCUUUAAAUGCAAUAAAGGUAAUACUCACUUUUAUAUGAAUAAUAUAUUUCACAAACUUUAAUACUGCAGAAUCUUGCUUGAAGAAUCUCGGCUAAAACUCUCUCAUCUGCAGCCCUGUAUAAAAUAUUUAAAAAUGAAUAAUGUUGUAUGGUGUAAAUAAACUUUUGUCUACAUAUGUUUUACUUGUGCCAAUUUAUUUUAA